AUGGCGGAGGAAGGCGGAGUGGGGCCAGUGAUUCUGGAGGAUUACUUUAUGUCAGAUGAAGAAAUUCUGCUAGACAAAACACCUGAGGAUGAUGAAAUUGAUCUUUACAAUAAUAUGACCUUCACUUCAUCAGCUUAUCAGGACGAGAGUGAGGUAAAAACCUUGGCUGCUGACUCGGAGGAAGCUCCCGUGAAUGGAUUUGAAGAACCAGCGGCCCCAGGAGAAGAGGCGGGGCCUUCGGAAAUGGCAGAGGAGCAGCUGAUGCUCGAAGAUGUGUCCGAAGACGAAAGCCGCCACUCCGAGCCACAGCUCGCUGACGAAGCCGCAGAGGAGACGGAGGAAGAGGAGAUGGAGACUGCAGAACAGGAGGAGGAUCAUACCAGUGAGGAAGCCGAGGAGCAGAACGAUCUGGGGGACCCGGCGGUCAUAAGGGCCGUGCGUGGCCGGUUUGCCUUUGAGCCAAGAGAGGAUUCUGCUGUCCUUGAGAGGAGAAUCGCCAGCAGCCUUCCAGACUAUACAUCUGAUUUCUUGGUUAAUCACUUUGAGGCCGCUUCGAAACCGGAUUGGUGGAACUCUGCGCUGAGACGUGCCUCGACCCGAUCUGUGAUGGAGGGCUUCUACCGCGGUCCUAUCACGGGUACUCCGUGGACUUCUUUGUUUCCAGCUCUUGCAGGCAAUUUACAUAGGAGACGCUUUUGUGCUAUCCAGCCUGGUUCCUGCGGCAGGACGCUGAAGCCCUCUUCUCAGCGUUUCAUGCGGCCGCAGUCUCCCAUGAUGCCUGGAUCUAUGCGGUCGCCAUAUCCGUUCACACCACCUCGCAGGACACGGCGCGUGUUUAGUCUGAACCGGACAUCAGGGUAUACUUCGCCUUCCGUUAGACCCUUGUUUCCAAACAUCAACAGCCCAACCUGGUCUUUGAGUCGUUCGUUUGAUCCUCUGCUAUUCAGCCCGUCAGCCAACAGCCAACAGAAGUUCAGUUUGCCCAGUGCCAUGACGCAGCUGCAUCCCCUCCACCAGAGGAUCCUGACUCAGAGGCAAAAACGAGGGCGAGAGCGGAGAAUCCCCUGUAUGGACCCCCAGCCUCCAGAGAUGGAUCCUUAUGCGGCACUCAUGACUACCCUGGAAAAGGACUGGGUGAUAAAGGUGCAGAUGAUGCAGCUGCAGAGCGAGAGCCCUCAGAGGGACGACUACUACUACCAGGAGUAUUAUCGCAAGCUGGAGCAUAAGAAAGCCCAGAAGGAACUCCUGGGCGGGUGCAAGCUUGAAGUUCCCAAGCUAACCACGCCUUAUAUCCGGAAAGUGGAGACCUAUGAAUCGGUGGUGCGGAUCCCGGGCUCCUUGGGCCAGGUGGCUGUGUCCACGUGCUAUAGCCCUCGCCGGGCUAUUGAUGCUGUACAUCACAUCCCACCAGAGCAGGCUGUCGGGAAUCAGCGACUGCAGGUGCUGUAUCAGAUCGAGAAGAUGUUCCUGCAACUGCUGGACAUCGAGGACACUCAGCGGAAACUGGUCCUGGCCCCGGAGAAGCAACAUUCCCACUUCUAUGAGAAGCUGGCCCAUGAACUGGGGCACAUCUACCAAAGUCUGCGAAUCGAAGAGUGCAACAACGAAGAGGAGACGAAAGGCACGUUCCUACAAAUCCUGCUGGUGGGAAAAGGGAAGAAACUGGUGGCCCGCCUGUUGCCGCACCUGUCCCCGGAGCAAGCCAAGCAGGUUCUCAUCACCAUCACGCAGAACCUAUCUUUCCUUAUAAAGAAGGAUCUACUGGAUGAGACGCUGCCCGUUCUCUACAGCCCCCUGGGAGAGGUUGUCGAACAGCUGACCUUCAGCGAGAUGGUCGACAUCCUUCAGGAGCUGAGUAGGCUGCAGCCGGAUUCUGUGAAUCAGUCACUGGCUACAAUAUUCGGGAACAAGUUCGCUGUCUCCCUCCUGUACUUGCUGCUGAGCCACGGUGAGAGGUGUCUUUCCUCCGGCAUGCCUUUGGAACCCCAAAGCGGAGACUUUGAGAAAUGGGUGGAUACGGUGCUCCUUGUUGCUAGAGAGCUCUCUCAGGUGUCCAAGGAAUCCAUGGUCGAGCCCCUCCACAUGCCCAGCAAUCUUCUGUUCCUGUUCUGCCGCUACGUGGACAAGGAGACGGUGAAUCGUUUGGAUGUCAAGAUGGAGUAGCGUGUUAGAUGAUCCUUGCCAUGAAAAGCUUCUGGAACGCUUGGAACCUGCUCUGUUCUUGCACUAGUCUAGGACUUCUACUGGUCUUUACUCUGAGAACUGGAGUACAGCAGCCGCUUAUCAAAUCAGAUGCAUAAUUUAACUUCACAACCAUUUUUUUCUUCCUAGGGUUUAAUUUUUUUCCCCCUUUAAGUGCUCCAUGCUGAUUUGUCAGUAGACAGUUCUGGCGACAGGAGGGCACAACACACAGUUAAUUUAUAAAGCCAGAGUCAGUAGACAGACGGUCGACCUGUACAGUGUAAAUUAGGACCGGUAUGGGAAGGGAGGGAGGAUUCUUUGCGUUUGGGGAUCUGUGUACAGCACUUAAUACAA